AUGCCAAGCAUUAUCGAGCAUGACCGUUCGAAAAUGCGUUUUAACGCAUCAUCAAUGAUAUUUGUUCGUUUUCUUUUGCAAACUCUUGUGAUUUGGUGUAUUAUCUAUUUCAUCAAUCAUCUUUUAUUGCGUUAUCAUGGAACAAAACGUUCAUAUAAUCGGCUACUUCGUUCGUUAGGUUGUCAUGUUUCGUUAUUAAAUAUAGGAUUUUAUACAACAUCAUUUAAUCGUGCUUUUUAUCGUAUUGGUACAACUAAUUCUCGUCUAUGGAAGAUAUGGUUUACUGUAGGAAUUCUUGUUGCCUUUGCAACAGCUGUAACAUCUUGUGUUACUCUACUUAUUUUACCGAUUAAAUAUAUAUAUGAAUUGCAAAGAAGACAUUCAGUAAAUGCAAAUGUUGUAAUAAGUACACAAGGUGAUACUCGAAUAUUAACAGACAAUACUAGUAAUCGAAAAGAUGCAAUAGAAAGUGACCGUGAUAAAUUAUUAAUUCAACCAAUAAUUCCUGGUGUUAAUGUACCAUUAGAACAAAUGCCACAUUUUUUCUUAGCGUUACUUAUAUGUACAGUAUUUCAUGAGUUUGGACAUGCUGUGGCGGCAUCAGCUGAACAAAUUCGUGUCAAUGGUUGUGGAUAUUUUUUAUUUCUACUCUACCCUGGUGCUUAUGUUGAUCUACAUCAAGAACAAUUACAAAUGAUCUCAGCUGUGAGACAAUUAAGAAUUUAUUGUGCUGGUGUCUUUCAUAAUAUGGUUCUGGUUAUUAUUGCUGUUAUAUUUCUUCUUUUAAAUCCUCUUUUUCUUCGAUAUUUCUAUACAGAAGCAGCAACUGUUUAUCGUGUAGCAAAAGAUUCACCAAUUCGUGACCUUUUACCAGUUCAUUCAACAAUACAAUCGAUUGAUGCAUGUAUAGUAAAUACAUCCAAUGAUUGGUAUAAAUGUUUACGAUUGAUCAACGAUCGGCCGCCACAACAUAGUAGUGGGCAUUGUCUAACGCAAAGUGAAAUACAAAUUCAUUCAAGUCAUAUUGAAUUGAAUCAAAGAAUUAAUUUUGACUGUUGUCAGAAUUUAUCACAAAAAAAUUAUUGUUUUCUUCAUCAUUCAAAACAGUAUCCUGAUCAUAAUGGUGCAUGUAUGGAAGCUCGUAUUGUUACAAAACAUCCAUCGUGUUUAAUCAAUAGUGAUUGUCAAAGUUACAACGGUGAUGCGUCAUGUGUUCAUCCAUUUUCAUUCGACAAUGUUACACGUUUAAUACGUAUUGCACAUAGUAGUGGCCCAACAAUACUUUUUGUCGGUUCAAUUCACGAAAUUUACCGAACCAUUCACAUUCAAUCCUAUAAACCAAAUUAUAAAUAUUUUCCAACAAUUCUAAUUGAUGAUGUUCCAUUAUUUUUUCAAUAUCUCGGUGCAUUUUCAUUUGCAUUGGCCUUUUUUAAUGCAGUACCUUGUUAUGCAUUGGAUGGUCAAUAUAUUCUUUCGUCAUUUGUUGAAUAUUUAUCACCAAGUUUAUUUAAACGUCGACGUGCGAGUAUUUUACUUGGCUUAAUUUUUGGUACUUGCCUUCUUAUUAUUAAUGUUACACUUGCUUUUGCUCGUUAUUUUCUUUAA